AUGUUCCCUGCUGGAUCAUUGACUACAUUAAGGCCGCCUACUGUAGACGCAUUGUCUGAGCAACAAUACCCAGAGUCCCCGGCUGAUUAUGGUACUCCUAGACGACAGAAAUCAGCUCCAGCCAACACUCUGUCUCAGAAAGUCAUACCGUCAGUCCGCAUACAGCUCUUUCCACAUAUAGAACAUCACCACGGACAUCAUCAUCACAACCAUUCCCAUGCAGAACACUUCGUAUUCUCGCCCAUCGAAAAGGACUUGAAAAUCGGAACCCUGAUCAAAAUAGGUCGUAAAGUCGAUAGGAAACGUGAACGAGUAGCUGCAGCUGCUGUUGCCGAACAGCUUCGGGAAGUGACUUCACCUACUGUCGCAGUCACUUCACCUUCAACAGCAAAAGUUGUUUCUCCAAAGAGAGCUGGAACAGAACGUCAAAAGACAUUAUCAGAUAGACAGCAUGCCGCGACGUCUUCUACUCCGAAUGUAACUGUAAACGAAGAAGAUGAACGUGGAUUCUUUGGUGGUAUGGCUGGUGAUGCUAACGAUAGUAUGCUUGAGGAUGACAGUGCUGCUGUAUCUGCUACAUCUCCUAUAUCUAAACGAGCUUCGAUGAGAGCAGGCGGUAGUAGCUCCCGUGCUGGUGGUAAUAAAGAAGUGUCGCCUGAAAAGCGAGUCGAGUUUAUUGCUUUCAGAAGUAAAGUGAUAUCUAGGACGCAUGCUGAGAUGUGGAUUGGUGCCGAUGGAGAGCUGUAUUUCCGUGAUGUCGGAAGCUCUUCUGGCAGUUUCCUCAAUAGACUUCGUCUGUCACCAUCUGGCAAGGAAUCUCGACCAUACCCACUGAAAUCCGGAGAUGUCAUUCAGUUGGGCGUGGAUUACCAAGGUCGUCAAGAAGAAAUCUAUAAAAGUGUCAUGAUCAAGAUCUUCAUCACAGUGAAAGGCAAUCGGCCCAGACCAAAUCCCGUCAAGCUACGGUCUGCAUUACGGCAGCUUUUGGGAGCCAUGAAUGGUGGACAAAAGGACGACUAUGCCACUACAGAUUGUUGUAUCUUGCCGUUACUGGGAUCAGCACUCAUGUUCCAAUGCCCACUUUGUAGACAAGUUGCGAAUCUAGAUGCAUCGGUAACUGGAGAAGAUCAGGAUACUGCCAAUGAGGAUGAAGAUGGAGAGGAUCAGAAGAAUCAUCAUGCUACGAAACAACACAUGCAGCCAGAUGAAGCUCCUGCCGAUGAAUCGUAUCUGGAUCAAUCUGACGCAGCUCUACAUCAACGACUCGAUUUAUACAUGGCAGGUGAUCAAGUGCAUGGACUCAUACAUAUGAGUGACGAUGCAGCAAUAACAGGACAAGAAGAAUACGAUGAUGAAUCCGAUAGAGACAUACCGCCAAUAAAUAAUCAGGCAUCGCCAUACCAACACGCAACUUUAGCUCGACCGCAAAAUCCCAUGUUAGCCUCGGACGACGACACUGAUUAUCCAUCGCAUCUGAGCAUUGGAGAUGUAUCGUUAUCACAUCUCCGAGUUGAUGGCGGUCGAACUUUAACUCGACCAGCACGAGCUGAAAAUGCUAGUGGAUUGGCCGUUGCAGAGAAUAGUAGUAGUAAUAGUACCCAAAAUCCAGCUAUGCGAGACGAAAUAUUCCAGUCUCUGACAGGUAGUCGACCUGUGAGCGAGAUACGAGACCCACGAGUAUCAAUAAGUGGUUCUCUGUCUCGAUUUGGUGUAUCGGACUCUGUCGCUUUUACGUUAGGAGAGGCCAUGUCUGCUGAAAACAACAACAUGUCCUCAUCCAUGACUGAUGCGGAUAUAAAUGUGAAUAAUCCGCAGCUAGAUUCGUUGGAAAGUUAUAGUCAAGUAUUGGAAUCGCUGUUUAGCGAGUUCCCAACCCAGUUCAAUACCGGUCGACGCGAUCAGCUAAGAAGUCGUCUAAGAAGGCAACGUGAAGAGUUGGAGGCGUUUGAGAGGGCUUUAGAUGGAUUAUCAGAAAGUACCACAGUCCCAACAGUCAGUCGUGGGCCUUCAAAUAACAACAACAACAGCAAUAAUAAUAAUGGAUCUGAUACGUCUCAAGAACGUGAAUCUAUGAGAAGGCGAGGAAAACAAGGGAGGUGA